CCAGCCAGGACCCCCAUGAUCCUCCUGCAGCCAUGCAGUUCUGCAGCGUAGUGAAUCUCGGAUGGCCACCAGGCGGAGAAACAACGACCACAGAACUGUGUAACAGUAACGUUAAUAUAAGUAAAAGGUCUUAAUACGUUUUCUGGUAUCCACUCGACUGUAUAGGAUACGUAUAUUGACUAACUUGCGACCGCUGACAGGAUGAGGGCGACGUGGUUUCGCCAUUCCAUGCUCACCGCAGCGGUGACGCUGCUGAUGGUGGUUCAGCUUCUCUGCUUUCGGCCCACUGAUGCCAACCAAGAGUCGGGGACUGUCAUUCCAGCUGAGAGCCGACCUUGUGUGGACUGCCACGCGUUUGAGUUCAUGCAGAGGGCACUGCAAGAUCUGAAGAAGACCGCCUUCAACCUAGACUCGAGGACUGAGAGCCUGGUCCUGCGGGCGGAGAAGAGGGCGCUGUGUGACUGCAUGCCGGUCAACUCUCUCAGCUGAGCGCUGGGUCCCACGGAGCUCCACGUCACCUGGGCACCUGCACCUGCCACACCCAUCCGCCCCCCACCUCAGCUCAACACCUCCAGACCCCGCAGCCGUUUGUCCGUGACCGUCCCAACACGCCUCCUCAACCGUUUAGUUUAUCUGCCGUCGAGCGAUGCUUUUUGAGCCAGUUGUGCUCAGUUCCCAGAGAUGGGAUUUGGCGCACGUUAAAACUGCGCUCUGCCCUUUCCACUCGAGGGCUCGGGUCGUCCCACUCUCCUGAACCGGGUCGAAUCAGAACACAUAGCGAAUUCCGUGUUAAGAGGAUUUGAAGAUGCAGUGUCUCCAUUUUGAGUUUCCUUUCUGGACCAAACACACUGGAGUUACGUAUGAUCUCAGAGAGUUCGGUCUCAGCCUUCACUAGACCCCUCUAUCGCCUUCAUAUAAAAACUAGUGUCACACAAGGGUUAGCGAGCAUGUGUAUGUUUAUGACGAUAAGCUCCAUUUUUUAUUUAUACAUGAAUGUUGAUUAAUAUGUGGCAUAUUAUUUGCACUGUAGUGUUAGCACUGUAGAUUAGUUAAGUGCGCAGUGGAAUAAUGUGUUAAAAUAAAGGAAUAAAUUAACAGUAUUGAGAGUAAGUUAAAAACACAGACUGAUUAAAAAAAAGAAGUUUAAAAAAAAAAUUACAUUAAGUUAUUUUGCACAAAUUGUACACAGCAGGAGAGCAUGCAUAUGGAGGCGUAUUAUAGCCUAGUGUUGGUUCUACAAAACUCAGAAAAAGUCAUAUUUCUGUCAAACACUAACCGUUGAGGAGUAUAAUGAAAGCUCUUCAAUAGAAGAAAUUGUGUUUAUGUAGUCUGUGUUCUGCUUUCGCACACACAAGCUCAAGGGUUUGCCACAAAGCGGACUGUAUUGUAUAGAUUUAUAGAAAGUCAGGUACUCUGGUAGAGCUAGGGAGAAAAUAUGUAGCUUUUAAAAGUUAUUAGGAAAAUCUGCAUUUGUGGUGUUGAUAUUGCUGUGUUCUUACUUGUGCAGAACUGUCUUUAUUUUCUACUGUAUGUCAAUGUUUGUCAAAUAAUUACAAUUCACAAUGUUCUAUAAGUUAUUAAAUAUUGAAACAUUCAUAACAUUGUA